AUGGGUGCGAGAACUCCAGAAUUCGACGCUGCCGUGGAGGCCAGCCGGAAACUCCUCGCCAAACCGGCCGACGACGAGCUUUUGAUGCUCUACGCCCUCUUCAAGCAAGGCAUGCAAGACCCUUCGUUUGAAAACGCGCCCACCCCCGGAACUUUUGAUUUCAAGGGCAAGUACAAGUACAACGAGUGGAAGAAGCUCGUCGAUGCUGGCGUUACUCCGGAAGAUGCGCAGCAGCAGUACGUUGACUUGAUCGAAAGACUCAAGGCCAAGUACGGAUACGAUGAGUCGAAGGAGCCAGAGCAGGUUGGAAGAUAG